CUCUUUUCUCUGCGCCCCUGCAAGAACCUUGAUGGAUCAUAUGGGGAUGGCUAUGGCGAGGAACUAAGUGAGGAACAACUCGCUGACAGUCAGUUCCUCACAGCUGAGGUCAUCCAUGUUGCUGUCGGGAAACUCGGGAUGUCAGGGAAGGGGAAGUUGUGCAUUGGAUGGUCCGUGGACCGGACGAGGUGCUCUUGCUGCAUGUUCUCGAAAUUGAAAGUGUGGGAACCGCUUUAUUAGAACGUGCUCACCUGGACAGGAAACGGCUGCCUGACAUUUUGCUGUUGAGGUUGCGCCCCCAUCCAGCAUCGGCAGGCACGUCUCCCGGCUAUUCUGGCCGAGCACUACCCAGCAUUAACUUAGCAAACCCCUCGCAUGCUCGCACCAUACACGGGCGCGGCAAUCAAUCUGAUCAAUCACAGCUCUGCGUUAGCUGCGCAGGUUUCGGUCUCGCAAGAAAAAAGACGGGGGGACAACACGGUCCUUUAUUGCAAAGCCGCCCAUUCACUCUCUUGUCAUCUAAACCUGAAGCAACCAACUUAAUAUCGCCGUCCAACCGUUUUCGUCUGCCAAACACCUCACCCGAGUCCGAUCACAACUUCCAGUGCCCAUCGGAGCCAGGUUGCAUUUUAUUCCACGAUACAGAGUCGAUGCCAAGUCCACCAACCAGUCGCUAGUAGUAGUCCCCCAUCUCCCCGCCGUCAUACCUCCUCGCCUGUCCCACCUCACCAACCCACACACAUCACAAUUUGCCCAGCAACAUCCCAGCGAGAGAGUCUCUUUCUAUCUGCGACUUCUUUGUCCAGUUUUUCUCUGCUUGGCUAUGCUCUUGGGGCUUACUACAUCCUUACAGAUUCCGUUGUCCCCCAACCCCUCAGCCCCCUUUUCUUACUCGCUGCCUCUCUGGCCCCCUUUUCUCCACAUUCAAUACAGUCUCGAUACAGUUUCCACUUUCCUCCAUAUACACCAGGCCCUUCCCGCGAUAGCUACGUACCCUCGGUCUUCUGCCAAAUUUGGGUCAAAUCCAUCGGAUUGAUUGCAUGGCAAUCUAGAUGAAUUGACGUCAAUUCCGCUAGUUCACCUCAGCGGCCAGCCCCGACAUCCACUGGUCUUCUGUCACUUCUGUGCUAGGACGACUUGACAGCAGGUGGCAGAGGUGCAGAGUUGCAGAGCACCAGACUUGACACUGGGGCUGCUCCAGUGGUGGUACGCUGCGCACCUGGUUUUGGCCGCCGCUCCUGACGGCGGGUACUACACUGUCAACACAACUGCCGCGCCUGUCUGGGUGGGUGUCUGGUACUGUCUGUUGUGUGCAUCCAGAACAGCGGGAGCCGUCCGUGGAGAACGUGGAGAACAAGAAGGCCCUUUCUCCCGUGGCGUUGUACCUUGUGCGACUCUACACUGCCUUUCUCCCCCUCGUCCGUGUUCUCAAGGCGCUCCUGAUCCCCUAAAAGGCCGAGACACGGCCCUCUACCUUUCCUCUCUGGGAUCCCGCUAGUCUGGUCUGGUUCCACGAUGCAGUGAUGCAGCCUAUGCACCCCGCGAGCCAGCCACGUUGCGCCUGCUCCCAUGUCGAAUUUUCAACAUCGAGCAAUGCACCAUGACGGACUCUACUCGACGGCAGCUAUACACGCUGACCAUCACCAUCACCAACAUCACCAUGCCAUGCAUCCUCCACAGACACAGCCGCCGAUGAUGGAUCACUGCGUGACGACUUGCCCGUAUGAGGAAAAGAUAAUACAGAAUGGCGCAGUGGCACGUAUGGUGCUCAUGUUCAUUCGGGAACUCGUCGAGCAUUCCUCUCAUCAACCACGGCAGAGUUAUGCAUGCCCCAUGACGAGGUGCCACAGGCCCUUCCCCGGGCCGCUCCAACUCAUUCAACACCUCCUAUCCUGCUCGGAGGUUUCGACCGGCGAGUUCACCUGCGACAAGUGUAACCAUUGGCACACAUUUCCCACCAGCGAUAAGGAAUGGGAACAAUGGGCGGCCGUGAAGACACAGCAAGCUUCUGGGAAUGAGCAAGGGCAGGUGCGGAGGAAGCGGAGUCUUGGUUCGAAAAUCAAGGGUUUUGCUACUCUGACCAAAAGAGAUCCGCGCAAACAAAAUCCCACCCCGGAUAUCCAUUUCAAGACCGAGUACUCGAUGGACAGUCGGCCGAGUACCGCGGCGUCCUCAACCCCAAGCACCACAUUUACAAGCCGAUGUUCUGAGCAUCAUCUGCAUUACCAAACCCAUGGCCACGGAAAUCCCACGGCCUUUUCCACUCACCAUAAGCCACCUUUGCUACCUGCGGGUGUACCAGCAAUCGAUGGCAAUGGUUUGUUUUGGCCAGGGUUUAGUGCUGACCAACUUGGGAACAUGCCUUCUAGUGUUCCAUCUGUCACACCUUCAUCUACACUGGACACCGGUUCUUCGAAGGCGAUCUCCCAAAACACUUCUCAGACCACGCUGUUCACACCUAGCUUGAACGGAUUCCCACCUCCUGUGGCGUCUGUCCAGGUCCCAACAACUAUGGAACAGCAACAGCAGUAUAUGUUCGGCACACACGCAUCGUUUAAUGGAAUACCAUCUCCAGUAUCCGCCCAGCCACCACCCUCCGCAAUGGUGUUGGAUGAACCCAUAAACAUGAACGGGGCAGACCUAACACCAACCGAACUUCGCUCGCCGGUAUCAAAUGAAAGCCUGAACCACGGCUGGUGGGGAAACAAGCUUGGAAUCGAAACAGCCCGAGCAGUGCCUACUACCACCGGAUCGGGUACCUGCUUCCAGAUGCAGUCUCCGAUUGGUGCCAUUGAUGGGAUGAUGACUAGAGACGUCACAAGCGGUCUUACAACGCCCACCUCGCCAUGUCGACACGCAUCACCGUUCUUCCCGAUUCCGCAAUCCUCCGCCCAUCCGAUGUCACGAGCUCUCAGCAACGAAUCGAUGCAAGCAGGCAUGACGCCGGUUUACAACUCACCAGGGACAAACGCCAGUCAUGUGGAUUCCCUGUCACCGCAGACAGACCACGAUCCUCACUCUCUGUCGCUCCGAACACCCUUUGAGCCGGCACCGGAGGAUCUAGUCUGUGAUGAGUGUCAAUGGAAGCCCCGAGGCGUGAGGGAGAAUUUGAAGGGGUAUUUACGGAAGCAUAAAAACACACACAAAGGGUUGAGGUUGUCGUGUGAUGUGGUAGGUUGCACGAAGACGUUUAGUCGGUUGGAUAAUCUCAAGAAACAUAAGAAGGAUAAGCAUGGGAUCGAAGACUCGGCUACAGGGGCGACUUGUACGCAACCACCUCCAAAGCAGAUGGUGGAGGAGUUUCAUGGGCAACAUCAUCAUGUGGAGGAUGAGGCGGAGCAUAAGCGGCCGGGAACGGUGGACUCGGAGGUACGGGAUAUGUCGGGAGAUUAUUCGAUGCUUUGGCCGGCAUUGCACUUUUGAGGGUGUGACAAAUGGACGAGAGAGCUAUUGCACAUUCUGAAUUGGACACCCGCCAUACACGCUCAUCAGCGUUUUCUUUUCUUUGAAUAUGUUUUGUUGAGUUGGGCUGGAAAAUAAUGGCCUUGCCCUCCGGUGGGGUUUGGCAGGAAUGGGAAUGGGAACGGACAGCAAAACGCAUUUUCUUUUUCACUUUACAUACAUGUACUCUUGCAGAUACCCAACAGUCUUUGAUGGAUUUGGGGUGAGAUCCCCGACCGCAAAGUACUACUUACCUUACUGUUCUAUUUUCUUGGAUCUAUGGCGUCAGCCUAGUUGUCAUCGUUUGGUGGCGGAUUGUCUCAUCUCAGCUCUAUGUGUUGGUUGUCUGUUUGAUGUCUACAAGCCAAACAAGUAAGCGGCUUUGGAUUUAUCAAAAUAUAAUAGGAUAUAUGUUCUCUGAAAGGCAUAAA